GCUAAGUCAACGCAACCCAAUCGUUGUUCACAACCGCUGCGAGCCCAUGCAUGCUCGGCGCAAGGACGGUGCGGCGACCGCGCCGAACCAAAUCUCCAACAGCAAGCGAAGUGCGCUUCAAGACGCUUUGGUGGCCAAGCUCGUGUACAAAUAUGCCAAACGCGACGAUGAAUUUGGCCGCAUCAUUGUGAGCCUCGUGUCCAAGUUGGUGCGCACGACGGCCAAGUUGGUCGAAGCCGAUAUUUCGGCGCUGGAGAAAACCGUCAAGAAGUUGCACGACGAGCGAGGGCGAAAGCAGCGCCGCGACGACGAGCGGGUGGGCUUUCAGGCGCCCCCGCCCGAGGACGCGUUGGAUGUCAAGGUGGCAGAGUUGGGUCCGCGGCUGUCGUCGCCGCGGUUCCAACCCGCCGUGAAAGCGGAGACGAUCAACUUGAAAACGCAAGAUGAGUGGGUGCUCAUCAAUGCCUUGAACAGCGUCGAGUUCGAAGACUCGGAGAAGCACAACAUCGAGACGAAGCACAUCAAGACCGUGCAGCAGCGUCAGUGGUUGGACUCUCAAAAGAAGGAAAAGGACAAAAAGGUCAAGUCGCUCUUGGACGAAAAGCACGACAUGUACGAGCACCAAGUGUCGGACUAUACCAGGUGGAGGGCGGAGGAGGUAGACAAGGCGCGCAAGGCCAAGGACGCGGUGGACCACAUCCGCAUGGAGCGGGAUCGGCAGCUGCGCGAGUCCAAGGAGUUGCAUGCCAAGCUCGAAGAGAAGCGGCGACAGGAAGAGGAGCUCGAAGUGCAACGGUGCAAAGACGAGCUCAAGCGGACAGAGAUGGAGGCGCUCGAGCGGAAGCGCGUGCAACAUGCGCGGAUGCAGUCGUUACUGAAAGAGAACAUCCAAGUGCAGCGUGAGAAGGAAAAGAAAAAGUCGUUGGAUCAAGAACGCGACGUGAAGCUAAUGGAAGAGUACGCACAAAAGCUGGCCAAGGAAGAGGCCGAGCGCGUGGCUGCGCUGCAGCAUAAACUCACCCGACAAGACCGCAUUCAGAAUGGCAUUGCGCUGAGCAUCCACGAACAGCUCAAGCUAAAGGAAAUGGAGGACGAACAGCGGGCAGACGACUACCAGCGCCACAAGCUCGAGUCGGAUCGCGAGAAGGAGCAGAUCAUCGCAAAACGACGAAAGGAGGAAGCGCUGGACCGCAAAAAGUACUUGACGUUUCAGCACGAAGUCAAGGAAGAGAAGAAGAAGAAGCUCAACAAGGAAGAGGUCGAAUACAGCAACAAAUACCGAGAAGAAGGUGAGUUGGCGCUGCGGGAGAUGAAGCAAAAGCAAGACAAUGCCCGUGUGCGCAACAAGGAGUACCAGAAGCUGCUGUUGAGUCAGAUGCAGGAGCAAAAGGUGCGCAAGGCCGCCACAUUCAAGUCCAUGGACCCGCGGGAGAAGUCGCUGAAUGCGAUCUUACUCCGGAAACUGGAAGUCGACGAAGAUUUGAGUCAAAAGGUCGUGGCGAAGCUCAGUCCAGACAAGAUGGUCCGCGCCAAGCCGCGCAACAACAUCUUUUAAAAACUGAAAUAUACAUGUCAAACCACCUA